GCGACAAUUGACAGACAACGAAGGCCGAAACGGAGAGGGGAGGGCGGAAGGAGCUCGGCCAAUCAAGACCAACGACACAAAGCAGCCCAGCGUGGAGAGCCAAUAAGGAAGGUUGUUGCUUUCCCCGCCGGCCGCGCCUCAGCGCUGCCCUCUGGUGGAUGUCGUCGCUGCUGCGGGGCCUGGCGGCCGAGGACUGGCCUUAGGGCCCGGCUUAGAGCCGCAAGUUCCGGCGCUGGAUGGAGCCCCUCAAAGGGAAAGAGGAGGAGGAGAAAAAGGACAACUUCCUGUACUUUGCUUAUGGCAGCAACCUCCUGAGAGAGAGGCUGCAGCUCGGAAACCCCUCGGCUACUUUUUACUGUGUGGCCCACCUGCAGGGUUUUAAACUUGAUUUCGGCAAUCAUCAAGGGAGAAUAAGUACUUCUUGGCAUGGAGGCAUAGCUACCAUUGCUGAGAGUCCUGGAGAUGAAGUGUGGGGAGUAGUAUGGAAAAUGAGCACUAACAAUUUAUGUUCUCUGGAUAAGCAAGAAGGGGUUGGAAGUGGAAUGUAUGUUCCAAUAGAAGUUAGUGUUCAUACCCAAGAAGGAAAAGUUCUCACCUGUCGAAGUUACCAGAUGAAUGAUUAUGUUUCCGAUGACAUUUCGCCACAAUAUAAAAAAGUUAUCUGCAUGGGAGCGAAACAGAAUGGCUUACCAUCUGAAUAUCAAAAGAAGUUAGAAGCCAUUGAAACCAACCACUACAAAGGAGCUGUGAAAAUUCUUCAAGAAAUAGAAGCGGUUAUGCAGAAGAGAGAAAACUUUCUCAGAACAUAAUGUAAAAUAUUUGCCUCAAUUAAUUUUGACUUAUAUACUUUUCUGUUUAUUAUAAAGAAAAAUGAACAUGACUAACUUUGGGUCACCAGCAUUUUACUUGGGCAGUAUUACUUCAUUUAAAAUAUUUACAAGUUUCCCAGUGACAGAGAUUGCCAGCAAAUUUCCUCUUGUUCCCCAUUCUGGAAAUUUAGGUCAGAGAUUAUGGCUAGUGAAAAUCUAGAGUUGUUUUCCAACGGGGGUUGAAAAAAAAAUCUUUUCUGGAUAUUUUUAAGAAACAUUUUCUGAUAGCAGGAGGUUGCCUUUUGAAGUUGGUAGUGGCUUCUUGAGCUUCCUCAUCUUCAAGUGGUGAAGGAGGAGGCAGGGCAGCUACAGGAACUUCUGCCCAGAGGCACUGGGAACAUGGAACCCGUUUUGGCCCCAGAGCAGUGUGAUUUACUGGGUUUAGGCUGUUGACAUCUCCAGGCUGGGAGCUAUAGUACCCCCAGAGCUGUUGCCAAGCAACUCCAGCCCCGGGGCAGUCAAUCUGUAGUAUUCAUUGAACACCUACUGUGAGCAACAUACUAAGAAGUACUUGGAGGAGUGCAAUAAAAUGAGUAGACUUGAUUCCUGCCCUCAUAGAAUUUACAAUCUAGUGGGGGAAACCCACACUCAACUGUCAAGAAACUUAAACCCAAGCUAGAGUUGUUGAGGAGUCCCUACCAUGCCCAUCUACAAGCUGGCUAGAGAAAGUGGCAAGUUAAAGGGUGAGAGUCAAUGCAAUUACCCUCCUUUCAUAUGAGAUUGAAUGUACUGAGUCCUGUGAUCCAUCUCUGGAUUUAAACCCAUGCUGAAAAAUACACGAUGUCCCCUUAUCAAGCACACUUCUGUCUCUCCUAGGCUAUCUCCUCCAUAAACAAUUAUGAACACAUCUGAAAUUUAUUUAUAUUAAUGUCUGCCUCCCUGUCUAGACUGUAAGCUUGUUGUGGGCAGGGAAUGAGUCUUUUUAUUGUUAUACUCUCCCAAGGCUUAGUACGGUGCUCUGCACACAGUAAUCACUUAAUAAAUAAAAUUGGCUAACUGAAAGUAGAUACCCAUUUGCUUCCAGUACUAUAAAUCUCCAAGAUACUUUUAAAUGCCUGGUAGCAAUGCUCAGAAAUAUUGCUUUGCUUUUUUUUUUUUUAAUCCAACUCAAGGAUAUUGAGGAAGCCACAGAGACGAUUUUAUCUAAAAAUACUAAUCAAGCUGUCAAAUGUGAUUGCUGUGGUGGUGUUCCCAGGAAAAUAAAUACAGUCCUAAUUUAA